UUGGACGGCGUCAUCAACAGGUUGAAGAAUCGGAGAGCUUGUAUCGGCUUUUUAGGGUACCGUUUAAGACAGAGGUUGAUAUUGAUAAUUCGAAUGGUUUUUCUAGUUUAGAGAUAAAGGAAAUAUCACAAUGUCCAUCCAUUUGAUGUGCCUCACAUCGGAUGGCGGCGUUCCGAUCUAUUCCAAAAAGAAGGGUGAUUGCGAGAAUCUCCCAUUUUCGACCAUCGCAUCCCUCAAUGGGGUUCAUAUGUUCUGCAAGUCGCAGAACGUGGACCUCUCGAUCACGUACCUCGAGGAGGGAAUGAUCAUAUGGAAGGAGUACGAUGGGACUUUGAUGAUGAUCGGCAUUGCCAAGGGAAUCACCGAAAAGGUUCUCCGCAAUCUGAUGGACUUUUCGUACUACUCCAUGGUGUUCUGCGUGGGGAUCGCCGCGAUCAAGAAGAUCAAGAAUAUUGAUCGAUUCAAGCGAGAGCUGAAGAAUUGUUAUACACUGAUUGAUCAGUUGUUGGAGGUGGUGGAGAGUGACUUCUUCCGAUACAACGAAGCCGUACUGUGUCCGGAGAGUAUGGCAAUGCUGGUCAAGUUGAACGAGUUCAGCGUUCAGAUCGGAUCUCCCUUCUGCUCGAUCUUGAUCAGGCAGAAGGUUGCCUGUGGGACCGAGGGCUGGUGGGACUUGGAUAUCGUGGAUCGGAAGUUGUUGAUGGUGCUGUUGAACGCUUCCAGCACUAUUCAACAGGACGUGCCGGUAUUUCUGCCGAAGAAGAGUCCGGGCAUAGCGUAUCGGUUUAUCAGCAUUCCGAUAACGCAAGGAGUGAGCAUUUGUGCCCUUUGCGGAGCGGAGCCACCGUACGACAAGCUCCAAACCAUGAGUCAGCAGUUUUGGAUGAAUGAAAUCGAUUUGCUCAUUACGGCGGAACAGAACUAUCCGAAGAAUUAUCCGGCGACGGUCGAGCUGGACUCGAGCAUUUUGGGAUUCUUGCUGAUGAGUAAGGAACACUCGAAGUACGUGAUUUCGAGGAAUGUGCAUCUGACGAAUACGGGCAAAAGGACCCUAUCGGGGAACCAUCGGUUGGAUAUUCUGCGUACUUUCUUCCACCAGUCCGUGGAUGCAAUGGAGGAUAUGUUUCGGGAUGGCGACAAGGUGAUAAACCUGGAACAGUACUGGUGUUCGGACUAUCACAAAUGCCACGCAUUGCUGGAGGGGCAGAAUAUCCUGUGCGUGUUGUAUACUUCGGCGAUUCCUACCCAUAUCAUGAGGUUGGUAACACAAAAAACACUGAAUACGCUAGUAUCGGAUAAGGAUGUAUGCUGGUAGCCGGCGGUGUAUAAUGUUUCAAACCUGGUUCGACACUCAUACCUACACUGUAUUUGAGCUUCGUUGCCUGGAUUAGUUUUACGAUUCCGUUUGUGGAAUGACUUUGGAGUAAUUAAAUGUUUUCUACUGAAAAACAAAAUCUACCUAG